AUGCCGGUCGAAAAUCUGGAAGAGCAGGGCUUGGAGAAAAACCCCAACCUGGAGCUGUCGCACUGUAAGUUCCUGCUCAGCCUGCCGGAGUUUGCCAGCGACAAGAAGCUGUCGGAGAAGCUGCUGGCCGCGAUCAAGGCGGAAAAUAUGGCCCCCUGGUACGAGCAGGUGUGCACCGAUCUGGGCUGGACCGUCGACCAGAAGCAGCUGGCCGAGAUGCGGGAAACGAACCGCAAGAAGCUGGAGCAGCUCGAUGCCGCCAUCGAGGACGCGGAGAAGAAUCUGGGCGAAAUGGAGGUGCGGGAGGCGAACCUGCGCAAAUCGGAGUACCUGUGCCGGAUCGGCGACAAGGAGGGCGCGAUAACGGCGUUCCGCAAGACGUACGAGAAGACGGUUUCGCUCGGCCACCGGCUCGACAUCGUGUUUCACCAGAUCCGCAUCGGGCUGUUCUAUCUCGAUCACGAUCUGAUCACGCGCAACAUCGACAAGGCCAAGUAUCUGAUCGAGGAGGGCGGCGACUGGGACCGCCGGAACCGGCUGAAGGUGUACCAGGGUGCGUACUGCAUUGCGAUACGCGACUUUAAGGCGGCGGCCCACUUUUUCCUCGACACGGUCAGCACCUUCACCAGCUACGAGCUGAUGGAGUACGCGACGUUCGUGCGCUACACCGUGUACGUGGCGAUGAUCAGCCUGCCGCGCAACGAGCUGCGCGACAAGGUCAUCAAGGGGGCGGAAAUACAGGAGGUGCUGCACCAAACGCCCGACGUGAAGGAGUACCUGUUCUCGCUCUACAACUGCCAGUACGCCGAUUUCUUCAAGCAUCUGGCGUCGGUCGAAGCGGUGCUGCGCAACGACAUUCUGUUCCAUCCGCACUACCGCUACUACGUGCGCGAGAUGCGCAUUCUGGCGUACACGCAGCUGCUGGAAUCGUACCGCUCGCUGACGCUGCAGUACAUGGCGGACGCGUUCGGCGUGAGCGUGGACUACGUCGAUGCCGAGCUGUCGCGCUUCAUUUCCGCCGGCCGACUGCACUGCAAGGUGGACCGAGUCGGCGGCAUCGUCGAGACGAACCGGCCGGACAGUAAAAACUGGCAGUAUCAGGCCACGAUCAAGCAGGGUGAUAUUCUACUGAACCGCGUGCAGAAGCUCAGUCGCGUCAUCAACAUCUAAGCCUUUGGAGGGCCGGGGUUGCGAGUUGAGGUUGGUCGCUUAAUUUUGUAUUUUCGGAACGUGCGUAAAAUAAAGCUAAUGAAUUUUGUCCCCAAAACGUA